GGAUCCCCAGCCAGCCAACCAGCAUCUUCUCAUUCCCUUUUUAACUUUCACCAUGCAAAAUAAUAAUAAUAAUUUGGAAUAUGCAUGUUCUCAUCCGAACACAGGUGAUAAUAGGCAGCCGUGAUGGCACAUUCCAUAUGUUUCCAUUCAGGAAUGGAAACACGGCCGGCGAGUAUGGAAGGGAGCAAAACCACAUUGACUCCUGGCGCUGGCUGUACACCAUCUGUCCUCCCUUCAUAUCCCCUUCUCUCUCUCAUACACAACCGACCUCUACGGCUUCCUUCUUUUGCCAUCCUAAAGGAAGGGAGGAGACGAGAGGAGAGAUCCAAGAGCAGAGACAAGUGAUUGAUCAAUGGCGAUGGACCAAGAGCUGCCGCUUGAGCUUGGCGACUUCUCCAUCGCCAUGGACGCGUCGUCCCUCGCCGCCCUCUGGCCGGCGACGCCGCUGCUCCCGCCGGAUCUCCACUCUACUUACCCAGACCAAGAGAGCUCCUCGUCGCCGUGGCGUGCCAUGCAGAUCGUGGAGGAGGUGAGGCGGAGGCUGGCCGCGGCCACGGCGGAGCUGGAGGCGGCCAAGGAGGAGGUGCGCCGCAAGGAGCAGAGCAUCGCGGCCCUGCUGGAGCUCGUGCGCCUCACGGCCGAGGAGCUUGACCAGCUCCGGCAGCACCUUGAGCAGCUCCGGCAGCACCUGCAGCUGGCCCGCGAGCUGGCGGCAACGACGACGUCAAGCAGCAGCGACUCGGGCGCGAGCGUCCCAACCUUCUCCCCACCAGCCGCCAACCCCCCCACCUUGCUCGAGGCCGGCACCACCGUUACAGCCAUCGCCAUAGAUACCAGGAGCGCGCCAGUUGCUAUCGACGACGACAGGACCGAGGCGGUGCUCGAGCAGCUGGCGGCCAAGAGGCCAUUGCCGCAGCGGGGGCAGCUACUGCAGGCGGUGAUGGAGGCAGGGCCUCUCCUGGAGAACCUGCUGGUGGCAGGGCCGGUGCCGCAGUGGCGCAACCCGCCACCUGUGCAGCCGAUCCCCAGCCCCGUCAUAUCGGCGCCUUCAGGCUCUCGUGCCCCCAUGGGUUGGGGGCCAUGGUAGCAGCUCUUCUCAUUUUCUACUCGUCGACGAUACUAGGAAUUCAUGUAUUUCCAGACUUAUCUCAGGCAGAAAGCAAGGUGCCAGCUACUAUGAAAAGUUCUGUAAUCUUUGUAGACUGAACUUUUUCUGAAUUGAUUGAACAUACAGAAGAACAGAAAAGAAACCCAUAUAGAUGAUGUAAUCUGGAUUCCAUGGGGAAUUAGGAGGUUACAGGCCGCAUAAAUGAGAAAUGGCACCCGAUCGCAUCGACGGGAUGCACAGGGAAGACCAAUUAUUGGCUUGAACUUGUCUUGAACAA